GUACAAUUCCCUGAUGAAAAAGUGAGAUUAAAUUAUAUUUUGAAGAUAAUUUCAUUUUCAACCAACCAAUACCUAACCGUUUUAAAAACAACGCAAAAUUACUCGCGGAUAUGUAAGUUAGAUAUUAUUUGUAUUUUGGCAUAUGUGUUUACAAUAACUUGUGACUGUAUGAAAGGAUUACUAUUAUUUUUAAUAUAUUUUUUCUUGACCGGAAGUGUUUUAUUAACACAUUAUACAAAUAGCUAUCGGAGAAAGUUAAAAUUAUAUAAUAUAAAAAUGGCGGGAGAAAAUUAUAAAUCAGGUGCAGCAGACGGUACAGACAGUGUAGGCUCGUUUGAUUCCAUGGGUAAGAAGAAAUCUUUUCGACGUCUCAUCAAGAGGUUUGCAGAGAAAACCUCGAUGCAAGGUCCACCUUAUAUAAACAUGGCAAAAUUGUGGUGGGCUAAGGUCAUCUGGGCUCUUUUAUUACUCGGUGCAGUUUUUGCCAUGUUAUUACACCUAUGGUAUCUGUUUUCUCAGUGGUACUCCUGGCCCAAAACGACCGUCAUUUCUCUUGGAUUUGACAACCUACAAUUUCCGCAGGUAACGAUCUGUAACACGAACGUUCUCCAUAAAAAUAGAUUUGAUAAAUUUCCAGGAGCAAAAAAGCUCAAGAUGCUCGUCAAAGAUCUAAAACCGGAAAAUUUUGUACCACAUCAGUUCGAUGAUAAUUAUGAUCCUAAUGCCAGAAACCAAGAAAGAAAUCCGCAGACUGGCAAUGAACCUAACGGGAACCAGCAGAACGGAACCAACCAAGGUGGAACCACUAAACAAACGCCUAAUCACUCAGAGAAUACUGAUCCAGGGGGUAAAAACGAACAGCCAUCUAGCACAACACAACGAAGUAGAUCCACGCGAAGUGGUACUAAACAAGAAAGUACAACUGUGGUAAGUAGGAGCGGUCCUAUCAAAAGAACAACACAGGAUGGUGCAGCCGUUAAUGGCGAACAAACUCAACAAAGACGGACAAGUCCAAUGCCUAAUUCGAGACAGAGAAGAUUUGUGAGCAAUUAUGAGACCUUAAAUCUGAGUAAAUACCACGAGAAUUAUAGGGAUUUUGAUGAAGAUGACACUGUGCUAACAUCGCCUAUAGAUAGUCAAACGAAGGUAGAAAAGAUCUUCAAAGAGUUGUACAUGGAUAUUGACAGGUCAGUUUGUUUAAAGUUUAUAAACCGAUACCCCCUCCCCCGCACCGUAUGCUACAAAUCACUUGAUUGCAAAUGACGUAAGAAUAUGAGUGCAAUUAAAUUUGGUUUCUCAUAAUGACACAUUGGCAUUGGCCACAGAAUGUAUGUGCCAAUCAAAGUAGUUCACACAAUAAGUAAAGACGUUACACUAGCAGCAAUAUAAAUGAGCGUCACUUUGGUAGGUAGUUGGUAGUUGAAUAUUCGAAUAACCAACUACCUACUUGCUUGUACAUGUUGGUAAUUCCCAAAUACGAGCCGUAUUAAAGAACUGGUCCCCACUUUGACAUAUUAUAACAGCCUGAAAACAUGGCGCCCUUGUAACUUUUUGUAUUUCUGUAUCAAUUUUUAAUAAAUUUGGUAUCAAAGGAAAUAUUACUUCAUAAGGUGUUUAAGGAGUGUCCCCAUGUGUCAUGUAAGUGUUUGAGGAGUGUCCCAUGUGUCAGAU